CGCGGCUCGGGCCCGGCCGCGGGUACUCAGAGGUCGUCCUGCUGCCCGCGACGCCGCCCCUCACUUGACGCACGCAGGGGCCGACGCGAUUUGCCGCGAGUGACUGGAGUCCCGCCGCCGCAGCAGUCGCGCGGGCCCGCUCCGGCCCUCCUCCUCUCGCCUCGCCCUCCGCCCGAGUCUCGUUUGCGUCCCCUUGGCCUCCCCACCGCCUCGGAGCAACCGGUAGCCAGCGUCAGCUAGAAGUGAGGAGUCCACUGGAGGAAAAUGGAGGCUUCAGUAAUAUUACCCAUUCUGAAGAAAAAACUAGCCUUCCUUUCAGGAGGAAAGGACAGACGGAGCGGCCUCAUUCUGACAAUUCCGUUAUGCUUGGAACAAACAAACAUGGAUGAGCUGAGUGUCACCUUAGAUUAUCUACUCAGCAUUCCAAGUGAAAAGUGUAAGGCUAGAGGAUUUACCGUGAUUGUGGAUGGCAGAAAAUCACAAUGGAAUGUGGUGAAAACAGUAGUCUUAAUGCUACAGAAUGUUGUUCCAGCUGAGGUGUCCCUUGUUUGUGUGGUGAAACCAGAUGAAUUCUGGGAUAAAAAAGUAACACAUUUUUGUUUUUGGAAAGAAAAGGAUAGACUUGGCUUUGAGGUUAUUUUAGUGUCUGCCAAUAAAUUGACUCGUUACAUAGAACCUUGUCAGUUAACAGAAGAUUUUGGUGGAAGUCUUACCUAUGAUCACAUGGACUGGUUAAAUAAGAGGCUGGUUUUUGAGAAGUUUACAAAGGAAUCUACAUCAUUAUUAGAUGAACUUGCUUUGAUUAACAAUGGAAGUGAUAAAGGAAAUCAAGAGAAAGAAAGGUCUGUGGAUUUAAACUUCCUUCCAUCAGUUGAUCCUGAAACAGUUCUUCAGACAGGGCAUGAAUUAUUAUCCGAAUUACAGCAGCGUCGAUUUAAUGGCUCAGAUGGAGGGGUGUCAUGGUCUCCUAUGGAUGAUGAACUGCUUGCACAGCCACAGGUUAUGAAAUUAUUAGAUUCACUGCGAGAGCAAUAUACCCGUUACCAGGAAGUUUGUAGGCAACGUAGUAAGCGUACACAGUUAGAAGAAAUUCAACAGAAGGUGAUGCAGGUUGUGAACUGGCUCGAAGGACCUGGGUCAGAACAGCUAAGAGCCAGUGGGGGAUUGGAAGAUUCUAUUCGGGCUUCCCAGGCCCUACAGCAGAAGCACGAAGAGAUCGAGAGCCAGCACAGUGAAUGGUUUGCAGUAUAUGUGGAGCUUAAUCAGCAAAUUGCAGCACUCUUAAAUGCUGGGGAUGAGGAAGAUCUUGUGGAACUGAAAUCCCUGCAGCAACAACUUAGUGAUGUUUGUUAUCGACAGGCCAGUCAGCUAGAAUUUAGGCAAAACCUCUUACAAGCAGCUCUUGAAUUUCAUGGGGUUGCCCAAGAUUUGUCUCAGCAGUUGGAUGGCUUAUUAGGGAUGUUGUGCGUAGAUGUAGCACCAGCUGAUGGAGCAUCGAUUCAGCAAACUUUAAAACUGCUUGAAGAGAAGCUGAAAAGUGUUGAUGUAGGAUUGCAAGGUUUGCGUGAAAAAGGUCAAGGUCUGCUGGAUCAGAUCUCCAAUCAGGCAUCCUGGGCCUAUGGAAAGGAUGUAACCAUUGAAAAUAAAGAAAAUGUGGAUCACAUUCAAGGAGUGAUGGAAGAUAUGCAGCUUAGGAAACAAAGAUGUGAAGACAUGGUAGAUGUACGAAGGUUAAAGAUGCUUCAGAUGGUGCAGUUGUUCAAAUGUGAAGAAGAUGCUGCCCAGGCAGUAGAAUGGCUAAGUGAACUUUUGGAUGCUCUGCUUAAGACCCACAUCAGAUUGGGCGAUGAUGCUCAGGAAACGAAAGUUUUACUGGAAAAGCAUAGAAAAUUUGUUGAUGUUGCACAGAGUACUUAUGACUAUGGAAGACAGUUGCUACAGGCCACAGUUGUGUUGUGCCAGUCUCUGCGCUGCACUUCUCGGUCAUCUGGGGACACACUUCCUCGACUGAACAGAGUAUGGAAACAAUUUACAAUAGCAUCUGAAGAGAGAGUACAUAGGCUGGAAAUGGCUGUUGCAUUUCAUUCCAAUGCUGAAAAGAUUUUGCAAGACUGUCCAGAAGAACCUGAAGCUAUUAAUGACGAGGAGCAAUUUGAUGAAAUUGAAGCAGUUGGGAAAUCACUUUUGGAUAGAUUAACUGUUCCUGUAGUUUAUCCUGAUGGAACUGAACAAUAUUUUGGGAGUCCAAGUGACAUGGCUUCUACUGCAGAACAUAUCAGAGACAGGAUGAAACUUGUUGGUCUCAAAAGGCAGCAGCUGAGACAUCCUGAAAUGAUGACCACAGAGAGCUAAUAGCUACCAGCUUCCCAGAGAUCUGCGUUCAUAAUAAUCCCGCAUGUCGUCAGCAUACUAUAGCAUUAGCCACAAUACAUUAAGAUACAUUUCACAGCCAAGAUAAGCCUCUUUUCUUUUCAUUACACAUUUCUCUCCACAUGUUAACACCUUGCAACUACCAAGGCAUAAUUAUUUAACAUGCUUCGAGACCGUAGACUCCAAGUAUCUUAAAAGAAGGAACUGUAAACAUUGCACUGAAAACUUCCUUUAAAGCUUUACCUGACCUGUCAGUUUGUUAACAACUGAUAAUAAGCUUUAAAUGGUGCUAAUAAGAGUUUGGGAAUUCUCUAUAUAAAAAUGGUUGCCCUUCCUCCCCAGGUGAUACAGCAAAUUUAGACUAUAAAUGAUUAUCAGUAAACAGUGGUGUCCUCAAAAUUUUACUUUGUAAUUAUUCUUCAAAACUGAUUAUUUUUAUCAUGUCAGUAUGAAGAAAACCUUCAGAUCUUUGACAUAAUCAUACUCAUUAAAAGACAUUUUUCUAUUUGUACUGAUAAUGUAUUAAAAGUUGUUUGUGCUUAAUAAAAGGCUUCUUUUAAGCAUCUUAUUUAAUUUGGUGGUUAUAUCCUAUUUCCAAACAUGAGUACCUUAUUAAAAAGGGUAUUCUUAGGAUUGUGAGGAUGGUUUAAUAUUUGUUUUUUCAAGUUGGUUGCAUGUGUUUUAGCCAGAAAGUUUGUAUGUAAGCAUGUAUAUAUAAUAAGCAUGUUUUGUCAUGAAAAAAAUGAAUUGUGAAGAACAAUUUAGAUCUUUAAGAACUUACAAAUAAUGGAAUAUUAUUUCAAAUUUUUCUCUACUUAACUUGAAAAAUAUUAUCCAAAUUAUUAACUACCCUCAAGAUACUUUGUCUUUGGAGGAGGAGGGCUGGGGAAGAAGUCACAUUAUUACUUACGUGUGAUCCUUUAAAUCACAGUUAUCUUUCUGAAACUAAAGUAGCAAUUGUUAACUUUAAUUUCUCAUGAUAGACUAGAAGCAAAAUUCUGAAGUAGUCUAAUACAAAAACUGCAACUUUUAGUAAUAAAAUUUAUAAAAUGCUAGUGCUUUUAAGUUUAUAUAAACUUUAAAUGGUAAAUGUAUAUAAUUUUGUGUAAAUUUUUAUUUCAGAAGAUGUUUUUGAAAAAGAUUAAAAAUGAUUUUUUUUAGUCUGUGAUCAGUAUAAAAUUAUGCAAAGAAUUGUAUGCUAGUUCCUUUUCUUCUUCAAAAAUGCUCGUGUAUCCUCCAAUGAAAAAAGCUCUCUGAACACGCUGGUUCCUCUAGCCUUCUUCACACUGCCAGAUUUCUUGGAGAAAUCGAUAUCCGUUGCCUCUGCAUCCUCAUUGCUCAUUGCUCAGCAACUUGCAGUCUGGUUCUACACAGCAUUGUACUGAAGCUGCUCUAAAUGGGCUCCCAGUUAGUGCAUUGAAUGACUGUUCUGUCUGCAUUCUUAUCCUCCUCUGUCUCUGCUACAUUUCCACCAUUGAGCAACCUUUCCCAGACAAUGUCUCCUCCCUUGAAGAUACUAUCCUCUGCCAUAACUGUGAGUACAGUCACAUCACUAUUUAACAUAUAUCUACAAAUGUGCUCUCUCAGAUUCUGUCUUCAUAAUACCAUCUGUAGGGUUUCUGUUUUAUCUCAAUGUCCUUUCAACCUAGAUGAAGUUAUUUAUAUUUUUAUCUUCCUCUCUCGGAGCAAUUUUGGUUAUAGGUGCAGCCUUUUUUUUCUAGUCAGACAUGCCAGAAAAUCUGGGGGCAACAUUCAAAUGCUCCUUCUUGUCUUGUGCUACCACUGCUUCUGAGAACAGCCAGGAAGUUCUUUCUAUAUUUGAUAAUCCUUAGUCUUUUAGGGCUUAACUUCUGUGAGUGUAAACUUUUAUGAUUCUUCACUUUAGUCUUCAUGAUGGUGCUAACCACAUGCUACAGUUGUUUGUGCUCACCUGCUACAUCAUAAGCUCUUUUGAAGGAAGUAAUCCUGUGGGACUUGUGUUCCUAGAUUUUUGCUCAUGCAUAGUAGUUGCUCAGUUCCCCCAUAUGCGAAUGGUCUUUAUAGGCAUUAAUAAUAAUCCCUCAUAUUGUAGUCUGGUGUGUGGUUUGAGCAUAUUUUCUAAAGUUAGGACUGAGUUACAAGUGAAUCUACUCAUAAAGAAGUCAUUUGGUAUUUUAGAUACUUCGAUAUUAGCUAAUUUAUUCAGUUGUACUCAAUAACUAUUCUACUGAAUUUCACAGUAGUUAAAAUGCUUUUAUUAAGAUUCUGCUAAUAAAAGAUUGGUUAUAAGUAAUGAGACUCUUAGUUCUACCAUCAACUCACCUGCUUAUCAAAUUAGUUAGUUUUUAUAUGCCUUAAGCUAUCCUGCUUACAGCAAAAGAAAAUAAGACAACAUCUAGAAAUGUUAUUUGUAAUUUGAGUAUUUCAGAUGAAGCUAAAAUAUGCUUUUAACGUAAAUAUUGUUCCUCUUCAUUUGUAAAUUUGCUGCUACUUUCUGUAUGUAAAUCUGUAUAUACACGUACAGUUAUGAACGAAAACUCAGCAAUUCCCUAAUGUGAUUUUUUCAUAGUUCAGUUAGAGCACAUAUGAAGGAGGUAACUGCAAUCUGUUUGAUAUUACAAGUUUUUUGUGCAUAAUAAAAACAUUGACUGGAAACUGGAGAAAGAACCAUCAUUUCUAAUUGAUAUAUGCCGCAACUUUCCACAUUGCUUUAGCCCAUCUCAGGGAAUUAUUGAAGUGUUAAUUGGGCUAGUUUUGUUGUGGUUUGUUUGUUUGUUUGGUUUGGGGGACUUUUUUUUCCUUAUUAUUUAUUUGCUCUUAUGUAAAUUCAGUAUCUACAGUUUGGGCAUUUAUUGACACACGUCUAACCUAGCAGCAUUAAAAUGUUAAGAUGAUAACUUCAUCUCAGAUAAAAUUGGCUUUAUUCCCAGUCCUCAUGGUUGAUGACCUUACUCUGCUAGGGGGACAUUUAUGAUAAGGAAACUGCUGGGCCCACCAGCUAGGAUGUUGAUUUCAGGCCUAAGAUUCCUUGCUAUGCGGAAGAUUGGAUACCUCUCUCACUUUAUAGGCAUUUAAAUUGGCCAGUACUUCCCAGUGUUACCUAGUAUUAAUGUGUUUGUUGUUUGUUUCAUUGCCCCAUCAGUUGACAAAUGUUGUGCUAUUUAGUUUAUUAUUAUAGUUGGUGGCAUACUGCUUGAUAGGAACAUGACAAUCAAUGUUCUGAUAGUGCCGAGCAAACCAUACUUACAUGAUUUAAACCCAUUGUGACCAGUGGUGUGAUUGUGAGAUUAGCUGAACUUAUCUCACUGUACUGUCAGUCGACUUUUGGAGAAAGAAUUCAGAGUUCUCUACCACAUUCUAAGUUCCUUGCCAGAGUGAGUAUUACUAUGUACUUUUGCAUUACAAGACCAUAGUAAAAGAAAAACUAAUAAAAACUAAACAUAGUAUGGUUGCUACAAUCCUCCACAUCAUGAGCCUAUUAAAAAUGGUACAGGAGGCUAACAUCAGUAAAUAUCAUCAAUGACAGUAUUUCCAUGAUUGAGGUAUCUUUGCUUAAACCCUCAAAGGAAAAUGUCUCUAGGAUUAAAAAGGUAGGCUGCAACAUAGCUGCACACAGUUAGCAUAAUUAGCAAACUUAACCACUUAUCAGUUCUAAAAAUAAAAAGUUUCUGUUGAGAGUGGAAAGUACUCUUCUGUAGGGUAACAAAUACACUGAUAAGGCAAAAUGAAGUGCAGGGUUAACAUCUGAUACUAUUUGAUGUUAGUAUGUGCUACUGAAAAGUAUAGAUUUUGCUAAGAAGCAUAAAUGAUAGCAAGAAUGGUACAGAUUGUAAAAGCUAAAGCAACUAUAGUGAAUGGGAAGAGUUUGGAGUUUGACUACUUGACUUCAGUAUCUGGCUUUGCCAUUUACUGACCUUGGUAAAAACCGCUAAACAGUUUCUCUGGAUCUAUAAAUUAGAGACAUAUCAAAUAAUAUCAAGCAUGAAUGAAAUGCAAUCAUAUUUAAAAAUGUAUUGGAAACUAAGGUGUUAUCCAAAAUGGAAGGUAUUACUAUAAUUAUCUUUUCAGAAUAGCAAACAAGGUGUUCCUUAAUUUUGUUCUUGUCUCAGACAACAGUCACGGGGUGAUGGGAGAAUGGCACAUUGUUAAUGCUCACCUUCCUAAGCUCCAUCUCCCCUACGUUCAGAAUCCUGUACUGAAAAUUCUAAGGGUAUAAUUGGUGAGCUCACCAGUAAAUGACAAGACUUUUAAAUCUGACAGAUUAACUCUUUUUAUGGCAGGAUAAUAGAGCAGCAAGAUGGAAGACAAAUGAGGAGUAUCACCUGCUUUGAGAUUGGCAGGACAUGGCACAAUUUCAUUAGUAAGUAAGUAAAAGGAGGUCAUACUUGUGGUUCUUAGUGAGUCAGCACCAACCUGUAGCAACAAGAACACAAAACUGUUAAGAUAUUUAUAAAGUAUCCAACUAGGUAAAAACAUGACUUUAGACCACCCUUAGUGUUAUGAAGAGAAACCAUAGAGAACUGUUAGAGAACAGAAAUCUUGAUAAACUUUGGCAGUGACCAUAACAAAAAAGACUGAUGCUGUAAUCAAGAUGGAUAGAACUAGGGCUACUCCAUUAGGUAGCAUAAAGGUAUCAGCAUGUUUAAGAAUGGAAAAAGUUCACAGCUCUGAUGGUGAAUAGCAUGGCUAAUGUUUUAAUUCAAAGUUGGAAAUUUGACAAGCCUAGUCUGUUUGCUUCAAGAAAAGGCAGAGGCUAUACUAGAACAUGAAGGAUUUGGAGAUCAAAGCAAAGUCAGAACUAUGACUAAAUGUUUUGAGAGCAGUGAGUAAAUUUUUUAAAUAAUCAAGAUUAGUUUUGUUAAAAGAACUCUUCUGGGGCAGUACAUAUAAUGCUUAUGUAUAAUGAUAGAGAAAUUCUUAGGAGAUAGCUAAAAAUAGUUACCAACUAAGAGGUAAGAGCAGUGUUGUUAAGGGAUUUUUAGUCAAGCCCAUGGAAAACUGUUUCUGACAAAGGUCUGUUGAAGUCUAAAUCCAUUCUUAGUGAAUCCCGGAGUCACGUUAGAAGUAUUUACGAGUAAAAUGUCAUCUCCAUAGAGUCCCCAAAUGUAUUCCUCAGAGACAGGAGUAUGAUUUAGAUGUCCUUUCAUUCAGAACAUAGGGGCCUGUUCACUAAAAUCAAGCCUCACAUCAUGUUUUGGACCUACACAUCUUUUCUGAUGAUCACCCUUGUUCUUUUGCAGUUUAGAAAUCAUGGGAAAAACAGUUUCUAAGCUUGAUUUUUCUCCUGAGACUGUAUCUUCAACUUAGCUCUUAUGUUAGUCUACACAGCCAACAGAUGGGCUUAAAAUGUAUGAUCAGUAUUGUAUUUUGUAAAGGUGUGAGGGAUCGAAAUAUCACUUGACAAUUUUGAACCAGCAGAGAUUUGAAAACUAAUUACUUCACACUCAGUGAUGUCCUUUCACAAGCUCUUAAGUUUUUUAAUUGACACAGAUUAGAUGAAUUUAAUGAUUAUAUUGCCAUAGGAUCAAUAAUGAAAUUCUCAGCAUUAUUUGGUAAGCUUGCACCCUGGAUUUUUCCCACCAACUAUUUAUUUAUUUAUUUAUUAUAAACAUUUUUUCAAAGUCACCAUCCAAUGCUAGUUACCAUUAACUGUGCUUACAUUGUCACAUAUCUGUUCAUCCAACUCAUCAAUUCAGAUCACUUUAUGAUGUAUUUUAAAUUGCAGACAUCCUACACUUCAUACUAAAUACUUAAGCAUAUCACAUCAUUAACUAGAGUUCAAUACCUGCUUAUGCUUUUUUUGUAUAAAGUUAGCAUACAGUGAAAUGCAGAAAUCUUAAGUAUGCAUCCACUGAGUUUUGGCAAAUGCAUACAGUGCUAUCAAAAUAAAAAAUGUUAUCAGAAAAUUCACACAUGGCUCUUUCUAGUCAACCCUUGUCCCCACUCAGCCCCCAAAGGCAACCACUGUUCUUUUUUCUAUUCAUAAAUCAGAUUUGUCUGUUCUAGAUCUUUGUGUAAAUAGAGUCACACAGCAUGUAGUAUUCUGGAAUUAGAACGUUUUGGAGAUUUAUCCAGGUUGUAGGGUGUAUUAGUAGUUCAUUCCUUUUUGUUGCUGUGCAGUAUUCUAUUGUAUGACUAUAGUGCAGUUUAUCCAUUUUCUUAUUUAUGAAUACCUGGGCUGUUCCAGUAUUGGCAAUUAUAAAUAAAGCUGCUAUGAUUAUUGUUAACCUAAGUCUAAUGUGAACAUAGGACUUCGUUCCUCUUGGGUGAAUACCUAGGAUUAGAAUUUCUGUGUCAUAGGGUAGUUUUAAAAGAAACUGCCAUACCUUUUUCCAAUGUGGUUGUAAUGUGUGUUGGAUUAUCACUAUAUUUUUGGAUGUGUAGAAAGGUGUAAACUUUUUUUAUGAUCCAUAUUUGAAAUACUAGAAAUGGGUUUGGGAUAGAAUUGAUAUUGUUCACAGUUGGCAGUUGGUAUUAUUUGAGGGAAGCAAAUACCUGUCUGCCCGAAACAGCCCUCAAGGGGUUCCUAUACCUUAAAUUUUAACAUUCAUUUCCCUUUUUGAGGGAUUAAAGCACUUACCCAAGCAUGGUGAUAUGUUUGCCAGAAGAAACCACAUUGAUUUGUUUCUGCUACUAACUUUUGCCACCCAUUUUCGGUAGUUAAAAUAAGAUUGAUAAUCUAACAGAAAAGAUUUUGUCUGUUUAAUGGGGGCAGAAGAGGUAAUGAAAAACGUGUACUACUAGUCAGUCCCAGGUACAGCAGUGUGAGAACCAUCUGGACAGGGGAUUCCCCCAAAUGGUGGUAAAGAAACCAGAAAACUGGGAAGAAUUCUACCUCACAGUUGUGCAUAGAGGAUAGCUAUGUUUUUGUAGGGCAUUUUAGGAUUUACAAGUCAUAUUUUCACUGUUGUCUUUUUAUCCAGCACCAUUCAGCUAUAGUUAUUUCACACCCUAAUGACUUCCUUAUUUACUGUUUACCCUUCUCGCCUGUUCUAUUACAUAUAACAGUUAACCUGUAUAAACCUGUAAAGUUAUAACAAUGUUUAUGUUUCCAAUGCUCAUGUUCAAAGAUAUUUAUGUACGGUUCAUCCAGUCUUUCCUAUUCAAUUUUUAAGGGCUGGGAUAUUUGGCUUCUACUGUAAAUCCUUAUAAUGUUCUAUACAUUGUAAAUGCAAUAAAAUGUUUAAAACUAUAA